AUGGUGGUUUUAGGGUUGGGAGAGCCAGUUGCAGGCCAUUCGGUCCAGCAUUGUAAUGGUGUUGGUAAGUUACCCAGAGGUAUCCUGUCAACAGUCUUUUCCCCCAUUUCCCUUUGUAAGAGUUGGGGUUUUAAAGAUGAUCGUAUGUUGAGGAUGGAGGGUAGUUGUCUCGAGAUUGGUGAUUAA